AUGACUACUUUAAACGCUGAACCAAAAAAGAAUGACGAGACGAAUGUUCCGGUGCUAGAUGCGCCACCAGCAAAACGCCAAAAAAUAGAUCCAGCCACUAUCAAUAGAGAGAAGAUUCCAGUACCAGAGGGUAUGUCUAAAAACCAGUUCAAGAAGCUUCAAAGACAGAAAAAAUGGGAAGACAGCAAAGAAAAAUAUAAGGAAAUUAAAAGAGAAAAGAGAAGGGCCGCGAAGAUACGCCAGAGAGAAGCUGUCGCUGCUGCAAUCGAGUCCAAAGAUGAUGAGAGCUACCAUCUGGCCAAGAAGAAGCAAAUUCCUGCACACCAGCGGCCCACUGGAAUUCAAGUCAUCAUGGAUUGUGAGUUUGACGAGUUAAUGAAUAAUAAGGAAAUUGUAUCUAUGUCAAAUCAGAUAACGAGAUCUUAUUCGGCCAAGAGACAUUGUGACUACGAAAUCCCGUUGAAAAUCCUGUCGUUCAAUAAAAACUUGAAGCAAAGAUUCGAUAAAUCAGUCUCUCAAUAUGUCAAAUGGCAAGGAAUUGAAUUUUCCGAAAAUGAAACAUUGGUAGACAUCUUGCCCUCGGAACGUGAAAAUGUGGUAUAUCUUACCGCUGAUACCGAUGAAAUUAUUGAAACCUUGGAAGAGGGCCACACAUAUAUCAUUGGUGGGAUAGUUGACAAGAACAGACAUAAACUUCUUUGCGUAAACAAGGCCAAGGAAUUAGGGUUGAAGGUUGGAAAAUUACCCAUAGAUAAGUACAUUGAGAUGAACGGCAGACAUGUUUUAGCGACUUCGCAUGUAUAUGAAUUAUUAUGUAAGUGGUACGAGGAGGGAGGGGACUGGAAAAAGGCAUUUGACAUAGUAUUACCACCAAGAAAGGUUAAGAAGGAGGAGGAGGAGGCAGACAAAGAAAAGAGUGUAAAAGGUGAGGGCAGCUCCAAUGAAGAUGGUGAGGAAGAAGUCGAAGAAGAGGAGGAAGAGGAGGAUGAUGAUGACGAGCAAGAAAGGGAAGAAGAUGAAGGAGAUAAAGAAGACAAAGAAGAUGAACAAAACUGA